GAGUAGCAGCUAGCUCCUCAGUCCCAUCAUGGAUCAUCACCGGCCUCCUAUAAAUCCGCCCGCACUCCGGCCGCAACAAAACACAAAUCAGCAAGACCAGGCCCUCCCGAAAACCCCACACGCAACCGCCCUCCACAAACUCCGGCGACCUCUUCUUCUUCCUCAGCGGUCCGGCCAUGAUGAGCGGCGGCAAUGGUGCGGGACCCAGCAGCUCCAGCUUCGAGCGGCACACGAAGCGGCGGCCGCCGGCGCCGGACAGCGAGAGGCGGAAGCUGCUGCGGCUGUCGUCGGUGCAGGAGGAGGACGUGCUGGCGGCGGGCGUGGUGCCGCCGGUGACGGUCGUCCUGGACGGGCGCUGCAUCUGCCACCGCGUCCACCUCAGCACGCACACCGGGUACCGCAGCCUCGCGGCCGCGCUCCGGCGCAUGUUCGUCGACGACGAUGACGCGGACGCCGCGCAGGCGGCUGGAGGCGAGGGCCUCCAGCUGGACCUGUCCAAUGCCGUGCCGGGGCACGUGGUGGCGUACGAGGACAUGGAGGACGACCUCCUCCUCGCCGGCGACCUCAACUGGAAAGAUUUCGUCCGUGUGGCGAAGAGGAUCCGGAUAAUCCCGGCGAAACCGUCGAACCGAAGGAUCAAGCAGUGAGGAGGAUGGACAUGGACUAGUUAAUUUAGCCCGAUGAAUCAUCACGUACGUACGUAGUAUUCACGUGUAAUUAAGCAACACCUCUGCUAGUGCUGGGCCGCUUCAUUCCACUUCAGUCUCAGCUCAGCUCUGCUGAAAAACGAUAUAGCCUGCAGCCUGUGUCUUCUUCCUCAGCCGAUCGUUUGCAAUUUUCUUCGCACGAAUGUCAAUAAGAAAAUGAAACUUGUUGCCUUC